AUGGAUCCAGCACCCAUUGAUCCAUCAAUUGUUGAUGUUGCCGAGCCGAUCAAGGACAAUCUCGGCCUCCCAGACCCGGCUCGUCGACGCUUGCUGAAGGCCGGUAUUGACUUGAGCGCAGGCUACCCUUACCGACCUGCCCGACCUCUCUACCUGCAGGAUGUUUACAACAUACGCAAUAAGGAGCGUCCUCACAACGAGCGUGGUGCAGUAGCCGAUAAAUCUAAGAGUGCAUUAUUCUCGGCUGCGACUAAAGUGACGGACCUUACGACCUACAUCGGCACCGAGAUUGAAGGCCUUCAACUGAAGGACCUGACUGAUCAGCAGAAGGAUGAGCUGGCCCUGCUAAUCGCUGAAAGGAGUGUCGUCUUCUUCCGGGACCAGGACCUGAGCCCGCAGCAGCAGAAAGCACUUGGUGAAUACUAUGGAGAGAUUGAGGUUCAUCCCCAAGUUCCCCAGGUUCCAGGUGUGCCGGGUGUGACAGUCAUCUGGCCAGAUCUCGCGGCAACUGAGAGGCCCGCGUCCUUCCGCAAACCAGGAGGGGCCUCGAGGUGGCACACGGACCUUGUGCAUGAAAAACAUCCAGCCGGCAUCACACAUCUACACAACGACACGGUGCCUCCUGUUGGCGGUGACACCUUGUGGGCAAGUGGAUAUGCCGCCUAUGAAAAGUUGUCGCCCGAGUUUCGCCGGUUCAUCGACGGCCGAAAGGCUGUUUACCGGUCUGCACACAAAUAUCUGGAUCGCGAAAAGCCAGAGGAGGGACCGAAAUUCAUUGAACGUAUACACCCCAUAGUACGCGUCCAUCCAGCUACGGGUUGGAAGACGCUGUGGGUGAAUCGCGCCAUGACCGACCGCAUCGUUGGCUUAGACCCCGCGGAAAGUGACCUUAUUCUAGGAUAUCUGUUUGAUGUGUAUGAAAGGAAUGUCGACAUUCAAGUUCGAUUCAGGUGGACGCCGAACACGAGUGUGUUGUGGGACAACCGGAUCACUAUCCACAAUGCGAGCUGGGAUUAUGGGGGCAACUAUCCUCGCCAUGGAACGCGUGUGACAUCGCUGGCUGAGGCGCCGUAUUUUGAUGCGGCAGCACCUACAAGACGUCAAGCUCUGGGCCUCAUCAGUGAGGGCGAGAUCGAGGAACUCCUCCAUGACGGGAGUCUACCUAAUCAACAGCCCUUUCUCGACAACACCCAACAGCCACAAAUCAUGUCAGCAUCAGACCAACCUGCACCACCUUCGACGGCCCAAUGGGGCCCCAUCUCCUCCCACGGAAAGCGACUCGUCUGGUCCCUCCAGGACCCUCUAGAGUCGGCCAUCUCCGUCAUGCCCGAGAAUUUGGACCCCGAAGCACCACGCGAACCGUACUUCCAGCAGUCCUCCACCGGCUCAAACUGGCAUCGCAUAUCGCAGGAAGUGCUCAUUGAAAGCACAGUGGCGUCUGUCACUGUCGAGUCCGCCGAUCUAAGCAACUGGGCGUCGAGUUGGGCGCUGUUACACAUGGAACACGCCGACGCCGACACCGACGACGACAACUCGGGAGACGAAAACUCGAGCAACGGGCCUUGCCCGGGUUGUGGUGAGCUUCCCCCGCGCGAGUACGAUACACUGGUCGUCGAGGCAUCGGACAAGCCUUACGUUACAAUACACGACUACAUUACGGCAGUACAUCUGUGGCUCAUGAGCCUCCGACAAGACAUUCUCGAGUCACGCAAUGUGUGGGACGAUGAGCCGCCGAACCCGGACACCAAGUUGAUAGUGUGUCCUGGUGCCCCCCAUUAUGUGGUAAUUGACACCGAGGAAAAUUGGAAGUGUGAGACGAAGAACCGUUACGACGACCUCAAUCGAGAAGAGACUCCAUUUGAUAACGCCGGGCCGAAGGGCAAGAAGCGAAAACGCGACGAAGACUAA